AUGGAUGCCAAAUUUUGUGCUCAAGAUAUUAUCAGAUGUGACCUGUGUAAAGACAGGGUUGUACAAAUGCACUGUAACUUAUGUCCUAUGAAUCUGUGUAAGGACUGUGUGGUGGAGCACAUCUCUGAUGUCUCUAAGAAGCAUGAUGUGGUGCCUCUUGCAUUGAGAAGAUCUAAACUUGUGUAUCCUCAGUGUCUUACCCAUUCUGAAGAGAACUGUGAAAUGCACUGUGAAGACUGCAACAUUCUAGCAUGUUCCAAAUGUGUUAUUUCUGAGAAACAUAAAAGACAUCAUUUCAGAUGUCUACAGGAUUUAAUGAACUCCAAGAAAGAAAGUAUUGAAAAGGAAAGAAAAAGACUGAAGGAAACAGUUAAGUCAACAUUUGAAGAUAUUGCUACAGACAUAGAAACCCAGCUAGCUGAAAUAGAUGGAAAAUAUGAGAAACUUGCAUCAGAGGUCACAACACAUGGGGAGGAAUGGCACCAAGAAAUUGACAAAGUUAUACAGAAAAACAAGGAAGAAAUCAACAAGAUGAGAAACCAACACAGAGAUGCCCUCAAUAAACAUCUUAAUAAUAUAAAGAAACUUGUUGUUGAUAUCAAACAGUCUAUAUUAGAAACUGAAGACAUUUUACAAUCAAUAGAAGUAAUUAAAUCACUUUCCUAUGAGAUAAAUUCAGAAAAAUUUACCAAACUUCCAUCCAAACUGAUAGUUAUGUUUCCUGUAUUUACUGGAAAUAAUAAUCAAGAUCAAUGUUCUCAGUUGUUUGGUUCUUUAUCACCAUUAUCCCUUAUAAUAGAAGAACAUGGCUACACAAUGAAGACACCAGACGCCGUAUUCUGUCCUCCAGUCAAACCACUGCUUGAUGAACCAGAACUCAUCACCACCAUAGACACUGGGUCUGACCGACUAUUCAGUGUUGCCUGUCUCAGUGAUCAAGAAAUCUGGGCACGUGGAGGAGACAAAAUCAUGAAACUCUACAACCUCCAAGGCAAACUACUGAAGUCAAUCCAAACCAAGUCUGGGAACAUACCAUAUGAUAUAGCAGUGACAAGGAGUGGAGAUCUAGUUCAUACUGACCCUAUUUCAAGAACUGUAAACAUUGUGAAGAAUAAACAGAUACAGGAAGUGAUCAGACUACAGGGGUGGAAACCUUACUAUGUCUGUAGUACCUCCUCUGAUGACCUCCUGGUUACCAUGUACAGUGGUGAAAAUGAACAUUCAAAAGUUGUCCGUUGCUCUGGAUAUACAGAGAAACAAACCCUUCAGUUUGAUGAUAAAGGUAAACCUCUGUAUCCAUCUGGCUACCUUAAAUGCAUCAGUGAGAACAGAAACCUGGAUAUCUGUGUGGCUGACCGUGAUGCCCAUGCUGUAGUGGUGGUUAAUCAGGCAGGUAAACUCAGAUUUAGAUACACUGGUCAUCCCUCUACUAACAAGAAAUCAUUCUAUCAUUUCUUUAAUAAGAAGGGAUCAUCCAAUUUUGAUCCACGUGGCAUUACAACAGACAGCCAGAGUCAGAUCCUGACAGCAGACGGCGACAACAACUGUAUUCACAUCCUAGAUCAGGACGGACAGUUUCUCCGUUACAUUGAUAACUGUGAUCUACAGUCUCCAUUUGGUUUAUGUGUAGACACCAAAGACAACCUCUUUGUGGCUGAGUUUAGAGGCAGAGUGAAGGAAAUCAAAUACAUGUAAACAAUAUGUGAUAAAAUUUAUU